UAAAAUAAAUAUGGUUGCAAUGAGUUUCUUGAGUGGACUUCUUUUUAUUGUCAUAUCAAGCGUAUAUGCAGGAGAUGAAGACGCUAUGAUGUCAUGCUUGGAACUCUUUAACCCUGAGGGUAUUGAAAAAAUGUGCUGCGAGAACUUUGAAAGCUUCGAGAACAUAAAUAAAGACUACGAAGAGUGCCUUAAAGAAGACUCAGAAGAAUGGAUGUGCGAAGAUUUUCAAUGCAUUCUUAAGAAAUCAGGAGUGAUGCAAGGCGAUACGAUAGACGAAGACGGCGCUAAGAAGUUCUAUGAUACUCUGGAGAAAGACUACCCCAAAGAAAAGUCCCUGAUCGAACGAGCAAGACGCGAAUGCCUGGAUGACAAAUACCAGUCAUACCCUCCAGAGGACUCCUGCCCUGCGGUUAAAUUUUACAUCUGCAAUUACAUAAACGCCUAUCUGGAAUGCGACUCAUGGAAGAAACUCGACGUUUGUACGGAAAUGGCAGAGAAUGCGAAGAAAUGCAAAAAAACGCUUGAUGGAUGAUGGAAAAUCAUUACUUAGUAUUACCAGUUACUUAACAAUCGCCAAAAUAUUCCCUAUAAAAGUAACUAUUUCCUGCUUUAUAAUUAUCAUUAUUAUAACAAUGCAA